CUACGGUCUACUCCCUGUUGGUGGCUGCUGACGCUGUAAGAAGUGGUCAGCUGGACUCUCCAACUAGACAAUAUGUCUAUGAAUUCUCGAAGGAGGGUGAUAUCACUGCAGGUAUCAAGUAUCAGCUUCUCCAUGGAUUCCCAGUUCCCAACGAACGGGCUGAGAAGCUUCAGAUAUAUCAAUCCUUGUCCUCAAGGUGCAAUUUCCUUUAACGGAUGGUGACAUCCGUAGUAGGAGAGCACGAGUUGAUAUAUUUGAGAGCCGGUUCCCCGACUACCAUAAAGACCGGAAUCGUUCCACGUGCUCAAGACCGUAUGUCCUCCUGACCGGUUUCCAAGACCAAAAUUCGCUGCGUCCUCCGAACAUGCCCAUCUCCUUUACACCGUCUCAAACAGGCCGACCCGGCGAGGCAGACCUGCCCUUCACAGGAAACCCCUUCAAGCUGCUAUGGAAGGACCUUCUACUGUGUUUUCACCAUAUUAAUACCAUCCCGGGGAUUAUUCGCCCAUGGAACCCUUUCACAAGCCAUGAAUCGGACGAGUUGCACCUCUCACUGGUGAACAUAAAAUGUAUUGUGAUCCAUGGAAUCCUCAUCGUCCUCCAAACGAGCUUCCUUGUUUCCGUUCCGGUUCUAGUGUUCACUCUGUUCCCUGCGGUUUGGGUGAUCACAUAUAUUCUUGGGUUUGUGGCCCUGAACACCGCGAUAUGCAGACUGUUGAAUGGGACGGAGCGCACCCUGCAAUCGUCGAAGACAAUCCAGGAGAAGGCCGCCCAUCAGAAAGAGUAUUGGAUAUACCUCAACGGCGUCUCGGUCGGACGCGAUUGGAUUCAGGCCAACAUCAACCGUUUAUCCAUGACCUUCCGCCGCCCAGUUGUGGGAGUACAUAACCCGACGGCAGGCAUCGUGUUCGACAUGAUUGAAUGCCUAAUCCAACGGAACUUUUGCUACGCCACCGCAGACGUGCGCAACGCGCACAGCCGUAUCAAAGAGGCCUUGCUAGACCGGAGCUAUGAAAAGAUCAUCUUCAUUCUGCAUAGCCAGGGGGGGAUUAUGGGUGGUCUCAUCAUCGACUGGCUCCUGGACGAGCUUCCCCAUGACUGCUUGAACCGACUCGAGGUAUACACUUUCGGGAACGCGGCGAACCACUUCAAUAACCCACUCCGAGGCGAAGGGAGCGAGGGGGGUCCGAACGGACGGAAGGCCAUCAAAGCCAUUCGCCAUGUGGAGCACUACGCCAACGAGGGCGAGUUCGUGGCGAACUUCGGGGUGCUGCACUUCUUCUGGAACAAAAACCGCUUCAUGGGCCGGCUAUUUCGCAGCUCGAAUAGCGGCCAUUUGCUCAACCAGCAUUACCUCGCGGAGUGCUUCCCGCUCGACGAGAACGAUCGCGUGUUGGAAUCAAACCCGUUCAUGGAUAUGGUUGUAGAGCACGCCGGUGAAGCAGAGGAAAGAGAACACUUUACGACCGAAUUGCAAUCUAGAGGAGGAGAUGAAGUAGAAGAACCUGUCGUUGCGGACGUCAAUAGUCCUCUCAGUCCAACGCAUACGGCGACACUACACACUCAUAGAGUGAAGGAUUUCAGUCGGCUGUGGCUCUAUCGAAACGGAAGGUCGCCGACAUCUUAACCAUCUUGAAGCUGGUGCCUUGUACAGAGAAUAAAAUGGGACAAGCAGAAGAACAUUUCUCAACUCUGGAGGACGAGAUGGGAUCGAUUUCACCUGCUUAGUAGUAUGGAGUUUUCUGGGGCCGCAAGUUAGGGGUCAUCUCCGAGUGUCUACUGGAAAGGACACAGAGCUGAAUUCCAACAAUGUCCAUUGUUUAUGGACAGUAGGAAUUGUAAUAAUUACCGAUCCUAAUCUUAAAGCUGUAGAU